CUGCAGCUCGUUUCAGUGCGCAUUUGUAGACACAGCAGAACGUACACACAGCUCGCAGAUAGAUCCCAGAAGACGUUGAAUGCAGCUCUAUAGUCAGAUCGGUGUCUGGACAUGUGGCCUGCUGCUCCUGCAGUGCCUGUCCUGGGUGGAGGGACGAGUGGGGCUGGGACCCGGCGCUCAGGACUGGGACUAUGUGGAGGUGCGAAAAGGCGCUCACCUGUUCUACUGGCUGCACUACACCACGGCCAAUGUCAGCGCAUUUACGGAGCGGCCACUGGUCAUCUGGCUGCAGGGUGGACCCGGCGUGGCCUCCUCGGGCUGCGGCGUCUUCGAGCAGCUGGGGGCCAUCGACAUCGAGGGACGUCCGCGCGACACCAACUGGGUGCAGCACAUGAAUGUGCUCUUCAUCGACAGUCCCGUGGGAACGGGCUUCAGCUACGUGGAGUCGCACGGGCGGUACGCCAGGAACAACUCACAGAUCGCCCGAGAUCUGGUCAGCUUGAUGCAGGUGUUUCUCCGCAAGUAUCCGCAGUUUCAGGCCGUUCCGCUGCACAUCUUCUCGGAGAGCUACGGCGGCAAGAUGGCACCGGAGUUUGCCCUCGAGCUCCAUCUCGCCCGGCAGCGCGGGCAGUUGAAGUGUCGCCUGGAGUCGGUGGCUGUGGGGAAUCCCUGGACCUCCCCGCUGGACAGCAUUCUGGCCUACGCGCCCUUCCUCCUGCAGCUUGGCAUCGUGGACGAUGAUGGAUAUCGCAACAUAUCUCGCGUGGCCGCACAGAUAGCUGGCCUCGUGUAUGCCGAGAAGUGGAUUGGAGCCUUGGAAAAGGGUUCCACCAUUCAGGACGUGAUUGGCGCGUACACAGACGGCGUCUUUCUGUACAACACGCAACGGAGGGUCCACCUGGAUGAGGUCUAUCGGUAUGGCGAGGACCCAAAGCUGAGCGACUUUAUGCGCUCCAAUGUGACGGAGGUGCUGGGCCUCAGCCACAUGCCCGAGUGGAUGCUGCAGAAUGCCACGGUCUUCAUGCAUCUGGGCAGCGAAAUCUUUCGACCUGCGAUACACAUAGUCACACGAUUGCUGGACGAGACAUCCAUCCGCGUGGGCGUUUACUCUGGCAUUCUGGAUCUGCUCUGCGCCACCCCGGGCACCGUCAACUGGAUCAACCGCAUGCGGUGGCGCCGCAAGGCUGAGUAUGCCGGAUCUACCCGCAAGUCGUUCCGCAUCGAUGGCAUGCUCGAGGGCUACGAGAAGCACGGCGGUGGCCUGAGCAUGUUCUGGGUCUAUAGAGCGGGGCAUCUGGUGCAGCAGGAGAACCCAGCGGCUAUGGCCCACAUCCUGCGUUAUUUUACCAGCUUUGGAUGAAAGUUUCUUUGUACAA